AUGGCGCUCACAGAGGCUGAGGAGUUAUUGGUUUAUCUGUUAGUAACUGGUCAGGUCUGUGGAUCUUGUCCAGAAAAUGACAGGCCGCUGGGUGUCCGAGCUGCCCUGUAUUCACUUAUGGCCGGAGCCAUAUUCAUCACGGUGUUUGGCAAUAUUGCCAUGAUCCUUUCCAUUUCCUACUUCAAGCAGCUUCACAAGCCAACCAACUUCCGCAUCCUCUCCAUGGCAGUCACUGACUUCCUCCUGGGAUUCACCAUCAUGCCAUAUAGUAUGAUCAGAUCAGUGGAGAAUUGUUGGUAUUUUGGGCUUAUGUUUUGCAAGAUUCAUUAUAGUUUUGACCUGAUGCUUAGAAUAACGUCCAUUUUCCAUCUUUGUUCGGUGGCCGUUGAUAGAUUUUGCUGUUACCCUUUACGGUAUUCCACCAAAAUGACAAUUCCAGUCAUUAAACAGCUGCUAGUUCUCUGCUGGUCAGUCCCCGGGGCAUUUGCCUUCGGGGUGGUCUUCUUGGAGGCCUUUGCUGAUGGAAUAGAAGGCUAUGAUAUCUUGGUCACUUGCUCUAGUUCCUGCCCAGUGAUGUUCAACAAGCUAUGGGGCACCACCUUGUUUAUGGCAGGUUUCUUUGCUCCUGGGUCUGUGAUGGUUGGGAUUUAUGGGAAAAUUUUUGCAGUAUCCAGAAAAUAUGCUUGAGCAAUCAAUAACUUGCCAGAAAAUCAAAAUAAUCAAAUGAAGAAAGAGAAGAAAGCAGCCCAAACUUCAGGGAUAGUGAUGGGUUUUUUUUUAUUAUGUUGGUUUCCCUCUUUCUUCACAAUUUUAUUGGAUCCCGUUCUGAACUUCUCUACUCCUGUAGUUUUGUUUGAUGCUUUGACGUGGUUUGGCUAUUUUAACUCCACAUGUAAUCCCUUAAUAUAUGGUUUCUUCUAUCCCUGGUUUCGCAGAGCACUGAAGUACAUUUUGCUAGGUAGAAUUUUCAGCUCACAUUUCCAUGAUACUAAUUUGUUUAUUGAAAAAGAAAUUGAAUAG